AUGAGUCACCGACGACGUCAAGGAAUCGUCUGCGACCUUCGGGAGCAAGGAACGGCUCGGAUCAUUUUCAGCAAAGAUGGCACAAAAUUUCAGGUCUUUUUCAACUUUAAUUGAUUUUUUUUGGUUCAAAAUAAGCUCAGCAAUCUUAAAAAGAAUAGUUAACUAGUGAUAAAUGAGUUUAAAUUUGAAAAUUUGAAAGUUUUUGAUUUUUUAGCCUAUAAAUUUGGCCAGGAAGUUCAAUUUUUCAAGUUUAAAGCUGAUCAACUACUGAAGUGAUUACUUAAGUAAUUCUAUCCCACUUCAGGGAGUACUUGAAACCGACUCCGGUGAGACAAUCGCGCUUCGUGGCAAAUGCUCCGAAGGGACCGUCCCGAGUACUUCCGACGUCCCACCGCCGCCGGUUGUCAUGACCGUUGAUAUUAGUGAGUAUUCCGUGAGGAGUGAUCACUUAAGGGAUCAUUUGAGACCACUUAAGGGUUUUUAUUUGAAGUUGCCACUUUAGUAAAGUUCUAGUGUUAACAUUAGAUGACUUUUCGAUUUCAGGCAGGUUUUAGAAAACAAAUAAAAGAAUUUGUGAGUUUCCAAAAUUUUACAGACCUUCUGAAAGUUCCAAAAAAGGUUUCUUAAAUUCUUGUUAGUUUUUUUUCAGGAUUAACUAUAUCUUAAAAAAAUUUUUUUGCAACCAAAAAAAAUUCUCAAAGAAAUUUCGAAAUAAUCUUUCCUGCAAAGAACGGAACUUUCGGCGCAAAGUACAAAGUACGAAUUGUUGACCCUUCUCACCACCCAAGGUUAUCUUCUCAUAUUUACACUGUCCUGAACUGUUCUUUGCUCUGUUUUUGUAGGCCAAGGGGUUCCUUCAUCUUUUUUUUUUCUGCUGAGGUGUCGGCCCGUAAAUGCUUUGAUGGCGGAAAAUUGGGAGGGUCAAAGUCCUUUUUAAAAAAUAUGAGGAAAAAUCGAAUCAAGGUCUAGUUAGAUUAAGGCCCAGAAUUUCAGAAGGGCUUAAUUUUUCUUAAAACUAGAUCGCUUUAAAAAAAAAAUUAGAACGAAGCAAAAAUUAGACUUAGAGAUUGUUAGACUUUUAUUGAAAAUUCCCAUAGAUUUCAUUGAAAUUCCAAACUAUAGCGGGCUGGCUUGGGAAAGCGAACGAGCGGUUCAACUUUCGCGGCGAUGGUAGAUCAUGGCGGCCAUACAUGCGCCUUUAAUAAGAGCCUCAUUUGGUGAAUUAAUUCUGUUUCUAUUGAACUUAUUUUUUUACAUUCACCUCAUUGCUUCUUCGAUUUUUUUUUUAAAUCGACGAAUUAUAAGAAAAAAUAAAUAAGCCAUAAAAUGGGGCUUUUAUGGAAGGCGCAUGGAUAGUCGUAAUGAUCUACCCUCAUCGCGAAAAAAAUUUUAAAAAAAUUAAAAUUAAACCGCCCGUUCGCUGUCCCAAGCCGCCAGCCGUGGACGGGCUACACUUGGCGUUCAACUGCUGUUCUUUUCAGUUGAUGGUGAAGAAGGAUCGUCUUUUCGAGUUCCCGGGGUGCAGGUACGGGUGCAGGGUUGUCAUGCGGCUAUUGACAGCGAAGCGGUCACUUUUUUGGCCAGCGAAAGGAUUAUUGGGAUGAGGUUUGAAUAUCUUAACUCUUCACUUAUGUUGGCCUUUUGAAAGGCUGAAAAUUUGAACAAUUUUCGGUUUAUAGACUUAGGGAAUUCCAGAGUGGUCCCUAUAGGGGUUAGGGGAAAACAGCCCCUUGAGGAGCUUAAAAAAUGGUCUCUAUAGGGGUAAUAUCAAGGUGGUUUCAGUUUUUCGCAUGGAAAUACUUUUUCGCAGAGAGUACUAGCAUGUCCCCUGGAGGGACCACUUUGGAUAUCCUAAGGAGGUCUCAAAAAUUCGAAACGGAUAGAAAAAUUCUGUCAAAAUCAAUAGUUUUCUCAUAUACAAUCGAUAUUCCCGAUCAUUUUCAGAGCGGCCGUCGAAAUUCAACAACAUAUGAAUCCGGCAAUGGCCGAAGGUGCGCAUGAGGUUUACGUGGGUCCUAUGAAGGUGAGAUUGAAAAAAAAAAGAAAAUGAAUAGGCAACAUUUCGAUCAAAUUCCUUCGUUCUAACAACUGCUCUCGAAACUUUUCAACUCAUUUUUCGAGAAUUUCAGCAUUUAACUAUCUCAGUCUGAAAGGCGCAUCAAUGGGUCAUGAGACGAAUAUAUUUCUCCGUUAAAAAAACCGCCAUUUUUCUGUUUCAUUUUUUUUUUUUGAAACGAGUGACGUGUUUUAACGUGGCAUGUGCGAGAGUGCCGCGGUGCAUGCACACGACACACUAAACUUUACGGAAAAAAACAUGGACGCCGCCAAAAAAACGCCGUAUAGAGCUAAAAAUUUAACCAUGUGUGAUUUCUCCGCUCUUUUAAAAAGAUGAGAAGCCUAAGCUAAUUAUUUUUUUUCUUAACACGAGAAAACUUUCGAAGAUUUUGUCCGUAUCUGAUCAAGAAUGAUUUUUUUCCAACCUAUCCUGACAAAAUAAUCAUUAGUUGAGCUUCUAAAUUAUGUUCAAAGGUUAGUUUGAAAGAAAUCUUGUCAUUAUAACUAUAAAAAAUGACAAAAAGUCCCAACCUCUCUCCUUAUCAGGUCCAAGUCCUCACGUCGCACCGUCCAUCGCCUCAAAUGCGUCGCGAAUCUCAGUGCUGCGACAAAAACGACGUCCGAAUUCUCGAAUUGUCCGACGAUUUUUUGGCCUGA